AUGUGGAUUGAAAGUCAUUGCAUUCAACUUAGCAUAUUCGCUUUGUUUUGUGCCUACGUGUACUACGCUUUUAACGAUCGCGGAAACCAUAUCGAAUUCAAACUUGUUCAAGUUCAAACCUUCUUUCGCCAUGGUGCUAGAACACCUAUUCACUAUAUAAGAACGCCCCUAACCGAGGCCCAUUGGAUUCCAGAAACAACUAAGGACCUUCCCGAAAUACUUAUUCCAGUCAAGCAUAUAGAUAUUAUUGAUGGAACUCCAAUUAUAGAAAACUUUGAAAAAUUUCAUGGAAAUAAAACUCUUCCUGGAGGAGCGACUGUUGGCGUGCUAACCAAACAGGGUCAGAAGGAUUUAUACGAUCUGGGAGUGCGAAUACGCAGGGCAUAUGCUGGCCCAAGUGGUAUUCUCUCAAAUCCUCCCAAAAUCACAGAAAUCGAGUGA